AUGCCAGAGGAGGGAGUGAAGCUCACGCCACGAGCCCAGCUGCUUUCCACCUCGGAGGUGCUGACUCUGGCUCGCCUCUUUGUCCGAGAAGGCGUGGACAAAAUUCGCCUCACUGGUGGAGAGCCUCUCAUCAGACCCGAUGUACUGGAUAUCAUCACUGAACUAAAGAAGCUGGAGGGCCUGAAAACUGUUGCAGUAACAACUAACGGUAUUAACUUAUCCAGGCUCUUGCCAAAGCUGAAAGAAGCUGGUUUGGACCUGAUCAACAUCAGCCUGGACUCCCUGGUGCCGGCCAAGUUUGAGUUCAUCGUCAGGAGAAAGGGGUUCCACAAAGUCAUGGAGGGCGUUGAUAAGGCGGUUGAAUUAGGCUAUAAUCCCGUGAAGAUCAACUGUGUGGUGAUGCGAGGACUCAACGAGGAUGAACUCUUGGAUUUUGUGUCGCUGACAGAGGCGAAACCUCUGGAGGUGCGCUUCAUUGAAUACAUGCCUUUUGAUGGCAACAAGUGGAACUUUAAGAAGAUGGUGAGUUACCAGGAGAUGUUGGACCGGAUCAGGCAGCAGUGGCCCAAACUAGAAAGGCUUCAAGCUGGACCUGCAGAUACUGCAAAGAUGUUUAAAGUUCCUGGUUUCAAUGGUCAGUUGGGCUUCAUCACUUCUAUGUCGGAUAAUUUUUGCAGCUCUUGCAACCGUUUACGCAUCACUGCAGAUGGAAACCUCAAGGUGUGUUUGUUUGGGAACUCGGAAGUCUCCCUCAGAGAUGUUUUGCGCUCUGGAGCAUCUAAUGAAGAGCUGCUGCAAAUUAUUGGAGCUGCUGUGGGGAGGAAGAAGAAACAACAUGCAGGAAUGUUCAGCAUCUCCCAGAUGAAGAACAGACCCAUGAUCCUUAUCGGUGGGUGACUCAGCUACCUAUCCAAGACAUUUCUGCCUAAACUGCAAAACAGACAGAAGGCUUCAUCCAUCGUCCUUCAGCCUAAAAAUGAGAC